CCGGCGCGCGCGGGGCAGGGGGCAUGUCUCGCGGGCGGGAGCGCGUGGUGGCGCUGGCGGACAUGGACUGCUUCUUCGCGCAGGUGGAGCAGCGCCGGGAGCCGCAGCUGCGGGGCCGGCCCUGCGCCGUGGUGCAGUACGACGCGUGGCGGGGCGGCGGGAUCAUCGCCGUCAGCUACGAGGCGCGCGCCUUCGGGAUCAGCCGGGGCAUGCGGGCGGACGAGGCCCAGAAGCGCUGCCCUCAGCUGGUGCUGGCGCGGGUCCCGGAGGCCUACGGGAAGGCGGAUCUCAGCAGAUACCGAGAGGCUAGUGUAGAGGUGAUGAAAGUGAUGUCACGCUUUGCUGUGAUUGAGCGUGCCAGCAUUGAUGAAGCCUACAUGGACCUGACUAGUGCUGUGCAAGAGAGGCUCAAGAAGAUGCAAGGGCAGCCUAUCCCAGCAGAGAUGCUGCCAACUACCUACAUCCAGGGACUGCCAAAUGUCUCUACAACAGCAGCAAAGAAAAAGAAUGUGGAUUGCAAAGAGGAUCUGCGGCAGCGUGGCUUGCACCAAUGGCUUGAGUCGCUGCCUUUUGGUGACAUCAGCUGUCCAGAGCUGCAACUGACAGUAGGAGCAGUAAUUGUGGAGGAAAUGAGGGCAGCUGUGGAAGCAGUUACCGGACUGAGUUGUUCAGCUGGGAUUUCACACAACAAGGCACUGGCAAAACUGGCCUGUGGGCUGAACAAGCCCAAUCGCCAGACACUGGUAUCGCAGGCAUCUGUCCCACAGCUCUUCAGCCACAUGCCCAUCAGCAGCAUCCGGCACCUGGGAGGGAAGCUGGGUGCCUCCAUCACAGACGUACUGGGAGUGGAGUACAUGGGGCAGCUGACCCUAUUCAGCGAGUCACAGCUCCAAACUCACUUUGGAGACAAGACUGGGUCCUGGCUCUAUGAUAUGUGUAGAGGAAUUGAACAGGAACCUGUGAAACCCAGGCAAUUGCCUAAGUCCAUUGGUUGCAGCAAGAACUUCCCUGGGAAAGCAGCCUUGACCACUCAGAAGCAGGUGCAGCACUGGCUCCUGCAGAUGGCCUUGGAGCUGGAGGAGAGACUGAGCAAGGACAGAGACCAAAACUGCCGGGUGGCCAAACAGCUGACUGUGAGCAUCCGCAUGCAAGGCGAUCAGCGAGCCAGUGCCCUGUCACGCUGCUGUGCCCUGCCCCGCUAUGACGCCCACAAAAUCAGCAGUGAUGCCAUCAUGAUCAUUCGAAACUGCAAUAUGGCUGGAGCCCAGGAGGCUGCAUGGUCCCCUCCACUUACAUUUCUGCAUAUCUACGCAAGCAAGUUUUCUGAGGCUCCCACACACUCUCCUGCAGGCAUUGCUGCCUUCCUGACAAGUGAUGCCCAGUGUACCCUGCCAGCUGGCACCAAUGCAACCAGCCCAAAUGCCAAGUGCACUGGGAGCCCAAGAAAAGAGCCCAGCAAGAAGCCCAUGAAUGCUAUUGAGUCCUUUUUCCGGAAGGCAGCGGAAAGGCAGCGACCCCGUGUGGCCAGAGAGCCCUGCCUGCCUGGUGUCCCCAGUGCAGAGGCAGAGUUGUCAGUGCCUGAUCCCUGUGGCCACAGUGAGAGAGAAGGUCUCAUCCUUGGCAAGAGUCAGACUCCAGAAGCUCUUGUGAGGCACAGUCCCAAGGGUGGCAGCUCCCCCUCCCCAUACAGAUGGCUUCCCCCUGAGGAGUUGCUCCCUUAUCCUGCAGAAACCCCCUCUGCUGGCCCAGCCUCCAGGAGCACUCUAAAAACAGAAUCAGCUGGAGCAGCUGCUUCAGAGCUACCUGAGUGGAAGGAGCAGAGUUUGCCACCCUCUGCUGGGUUUGCACAAGGCCCUGCCAGCUCACCAGUAGACCAGCUGCACUGUGAGAAGUGUGGCCAGCAGGUGCCAGUGUGGGAGCUCCUGGAGCACAUGGACUAUCACUUUGCUGUGGAGCUGCAGAGCUCCUUCUCAGAACCCAGCCCCCUCAGGGCCCCUGCUGCUUCUCCCAGUUCUCCUGCCAAGAGCAAAACCAAAGCCAAGACCCCUGGUGGCUCCAGUGCAAAGCGACCCAGGCAAGGAGUGACCAGGACUCUGGAAUUCUUCUUUAAACGGCUGCCCCCCUAGGAGCUCCAGGGCCAUUUUAGCCUGAAGUUGAGUGAUUUGUGAAGUUUUUAUCCUUCCUGUAAAUAACUUUUAUCCAAAGAUUGCAUAAUAAA